AUGUCUGUCCCAUACAAGAUCCAGGCCAGCGAGGACCUCCUCGUUGGCGACAAGAAUCAGCCGCGAGCCAGCGACAAGAUCCCCGCCAUUGCGAGACCUUUCGUAUCUGAUCGAGCCAAGAAGACGUUGGACCUGGUACGUUGCGACUAUCGAGACGGGUAGCGAGGUAGCCCCGCUUACGAUUCAUUGUAUUAGGUCGAGAAGUUCGUCGAAGAAGAAUGUAUCCCUGCCGACGCGGUCGCCGGCCAGCAGACGGGCGAAGGCGUGCAACAACGAUUCGCGGCGCAUCCCCAGGUCAUCGAAGACCUCAAGAAGAGAGCACAAGAACUAGGACUGUGGAACCUGUUCUUGCCCAAGAACCAUUUCAAAGAGGGAGCAGGCUUCAGCAACUUGGAAUAUGGCUUGAUGGCGGAAUACCUGGGCAAGAGCUUCAUCGCUUCUGAGGCUUGCAAUUGCUCGGCACCGGAUACUGGUAAUAUGGAGGUGCUGGCCAAAUACGGCACGCAAGCACACAAGGACAGGUGGCUCAAGCCGUUGUUGGAGGGCAAGAUUCGCAGUGCCUUUUUGAUGACGGAGCCAGACGUGGCCUCCUCCGAUGCUACGAACAUCAGCCUCCGGAUGCACAAAGAAGGCAACGAAUGGGUCCUGAACGGUCAGAAAUGGUGGUCGUCCGGCGCAGGCGACAAGCGUUGCGAGAUCUUCAUCGUCAUGGGCAAGUCCGACCCUGACAACAGCAGUGUCUACAAGCAACAAUCCGUCAUCUUGGUUCCAUUCGAUACCCCUGGUAUCACAAUCCACCGCAUGCUCUCGGUCUUCGGCUUUGAUGACGCUCCUCACGGACACGGCCACAUCACCUUCAACAACGUCCGCGUGCCCGCAGACAACAUGGUCCUCGGCCAAGGUCGUGGCUUCGAAGUCAUCCAAGGCCGUCUCGGACCAGGCCGAAUCCAUCACGCCAUGCGCUCCAUCGGUGCGGCCGAGCGAGCGUUGGAAUACAGUCUCGCGCGCAUGAACGACCCAUCAAAGAAGCCGUUCGGCAAACUUCUCUCGGAACAUGGCGUCAUGCUUGCACGUGUCGCGGAGGCACGUGUAGACAUCGACGCCGCACGUCUCCAGGUCCUCAACGCAGCCAUCAUGAUUGACGAAAAGGACGCCAAGCACGCUCUGAAGGAAAUCGCCGAAGCCAAGAUUCUGGUCCCCAAGGUUGCGUUGAAGAUCAUUGACGAAGCGAUCCAAGCGUACGGCGGAGCCGGUGUCGCGCAGGAUACUCCACUGGCGAAGAUGUGGGCAUCAGGACGGACAAUGAGAAUUGUCGAUGGUCCAGAUGAGGUGCACACACUGCAGAUGGGAAGGAAUGAGAACAAGAAGGGCAGGUUUUACUUGGAGAGGAUUACCUGGCAGAAGAAGAAGACGGAGGAGAUGUUGAAGGCUUAUGGGCUGGAGAAGAGGGAUGUCUUGCAGCUGGAUAGACAGGUUGCUAAGAGCAAGCUCUAG